GGUGACAUAUUCCAAUCUCCAAUUAGGAAAUUUAUGAAACAAUUCCAUUUGCGUGUAAUAUUCUUAUUGUGUAAAUACAACUCGUUGAUUUAGUGUAUGAAACAAAGGAAUGAACGCUAUGAUUUUCAGGUGAGACGACAAAGUGGGGCUGGACAUUGAGUGAGUGAGCGGCGCAGAGUGAAUUCGGUUGCACUUCUCACGCCGUACACGUGCCGCUUUGGUGGUGAGGAAAUAAUCCGUUCAAAUAUUGGGUGUUGGAAAAAUAAUUCGAAAAUAUCAAUUUGCAAUCGAAAUUCUAUUGUAUUAGAAUUAACUGGAUGCUGGUGGUGGUGUGUUGUUAAUUUGUGCGGAAAGUAUGUCGCAGGGUGUUGACCUGGAGUCGCUGGACACGAGCCAAGUGGCCACAUUUCGAGAAUUCCUCACCAAUUUUAAUCGCGUUUCAGAACUUUGUUUCCGAGCCUGUGUUUGGGAUUUUACGGCCCGAACCGUGAAAGAUCAAGAAGACCGUUGCACGUCGCAUUGUGUGGAAAAAUUCCUCAAAGCCAAUCAACGCGUGUCACAACGUUUCCAAGAAGCACAACUCGCCUCGAACGAAGCUCUCGCGGCACAGUAUCAACAGGGAAAGUGAUCAGCUCGACUCAAAUUAAUAUUAUUGAU